AAGGGGUGAUUUUGAAUGUUGGACAAAACAGUUUUUCUUGGUGCCUCGUUCACGGAUUACAGGAGAAUACUUGAUAUUGUAUAUACGGCAUAAAUACAGUUUUUCUGAAGCUCUCCAGUACAAGCGGCGGGAUGAAUGAGGAGGAGAACACUGACCGGAAGUUACAGAUUGCCAUGCUAUGUCAGAAGCUGGAAAAGAUCAAGAGAUACUACAACGAUGAUGACACAGACAACAUUAACCAGAUCAUCAGUUCCAAUUCACCAGACUCAUGCCGUACCUUUUUGAUUAACCUAGAAAAGAAAGGCAAUCCUCAGUCAGAUCCUACUCUCUUCUCCAAAUUAAUUGAUUUCUACACCCGUGUUUUCUCAAGCAUGCCACUAGGAAAACAUAGCCAGAAUUUAAGCUAUGCAAGGAUGCUGGUCAGAUUUGCGGAGCUUAAAGCUAUCCAAGAUGUCAAUGAUGCACGGGAUAGCUUUGACAUAGCAAAAUCCCAUUGCAAGGAUUUUGCCUUUGUCCAUAUAGCGUAUGCUCAGUUUGAGCUUUUACAAGGUGACGUAAAGAAAAGUGCCUCUAUUCUUCAGCAAGCUAUUGAAAUGGGUGCUAAGCCAUGGGAAUUUCUGGAAACUGCAGUACAGAAUCUAAAACUGGGUAAAUGUCAACUUCUUUCCCAAGAGGAUAAAGAGAAUAUUGCAGUGACUGAAAAUCUACAGGAACCCAUAAAGAGCAACUUAUUUUCCAAAGGUGACUCCAGGAAGUCUAAUGGGUCAGGUGACUUUCAACUGGCCAGUGGUUUUUCUCAGGGAUCUGAUCAGAAGAACAGCCCACCGGAUGACCACGUCCCAAUCUGGAGGUCCAGCUCACAACGCAAAAGAACAGUUGCCAUGCCUGGCAGGAUUCCCAUGGUACCCCUGUCUAUUCCUGAAAAUGAAAACAUUGAUAGUGUUUACAAAUGUGAGGCUCCCAGCUAUAGCAGUAGUUUGUCUAGGCCAACCUAUCAUUCAAGUGUAUUCACACUUUCCUCUUCAAAGAAGAGUUCUGGAGAUGGAGACUCUCAUAACUACAACCUGUUAAAUCUGAAGCCGCUUGUUAUUAGUCCAGAGCCACGUCUUGGGGAAGACACUUCUGAUGUGGACUCCACCACAGCGCUUCUGCACAGACCAGAAAGGAAAGACACCACUGACUUUCUUUGCCACAUAAUCGGUUCAAACUCUCUUGAGGCCUGCUACACGUUUCUCACAGACUUGGAGAGGACAAAUGACCCUCGCACAGAUGCUGCUUUUUUGUCCAGGCUGUUGGGUUGCUACUCUAAAGUGUUCACCAGAUUUCCCCUGGCACAGUAUAGCAAACUUGAAAGCUAUGCCCGGAUGCUGGUCAGAUACGCUGAGUUAAAAGGAAUUGAAGAUCCAGAUGAAGCAGAAGAUAAUUUCAUCAUUGCCAGAGCCAACAGCAAAACCUUUGCCUUUGUUCAUAUCGCCCAUGCUCAGUUUGAGCUCUCACAAGGUAAUGGUAAGAAAAGUGCUUCCAUUUUGCAGAAAGCCCUGGCAUCAAAUGCAAAACCAGUCGAACUUCUCCAAAUGGCAAUGAAAAAUUUAAAGUCUGGAAAAUCCCAACUUCUCCCUGCUGAAAAUAAAGAGAAUAUUGCAGAUGUAGCAGGUGCUUUCCGUGAUGGAGGAAGUAAGGAGGAAGAGAAUCCACUGAGAAUUUCCACAAAUAAAGCACAGCCUAAACCGUACACUAUGGAGAGUUUGUCUGAAUGGAGGAUUCCUGCAAGUGUCAACAAACAAGCUUCUCCAGAGGAAAAUAAGCAUGCUGUAGAUCCUGUUCCCACUCCACGUCCUCUUCAGUCGCUUAGAACUCCCUCUGCCUCAGCUGUCUCCGUUCCAUCCAGGAUGAACCCAACUUUUUGCUGCCAGACACCCAACUGCAAAGACUCUCACGCAAACAGUUUUGUUACGCCUGUAGUGAAAGAGAGACCAGCUGUUGUGUCUGUUCCAUCUCAGAGAGUCGGCCAUGUUCAGUUACCCUGCACUCCACAGAGUCAGGUAUCAUUUGUCCAGCAGACACCACAGUGUUCUGUCAGUACCAUCUCUAAUGAAUCCAUUACCAUCAAAGGCAGACAGUUCUUAAUUUUGAAGAUGAUAGGCAGGGGUGGUUCCAGUAAGGUGUAUCAAGUUCUGGAUCAGAAGAAACAACUGUAUGCUGUAAAAUAUGUGAACCUAGAGGAAGCAGAUGCCCAGACAGUUGAAAGUUAUAAGAAUGAGAUUGAGCACCUGAACCACCUCCAGCAGUACAGUGACCAGAUUAUCAAACUGUAUGACUAUGAGAUCACAGAUAGCUACAUUUAUAUGUUGAUGGAGUGUGGUAACCUGGACCUCAACACAUGGCUUCGCAAUCGCAAGGCUGUCAAUUCACUGGAAAGGAUGUUCUACUGGAGGAACAUGCUAGAGGCAGUGCAGACUAUCCACAAGCAUGGAAUUGUCCACAGUGACCUAAAGCCAGCUAAUUUUGUUAUUGUCAAUGCCUCACUGAAGCUCAUUGACUUUGGUAUUGCAAACCACAUUCAGCCAGAUAUGACGAGUGUUAUGAAGGAUUCGCAGGUGGGGACACUAAACUACAUGCCACCAGAGGCUAUUAAAGACACAUCAUCUAAAGGUGGAAAAGCAAGGUCAAAGAUUAGUCCAAAAGGAGACGUCUGGUCACUUGGAUGUAUACUGUAUUGUAUGACCUAUGGGAAAACCCCUUUCCAAAACAUCACCAACCAGAUCACUAAGCUCCAUGCUAUUAUUGAUCCAUCCCAUGAGAUUGACUUUCCUGACAUUCCUGAGAAGGAUCUUCUAGAUGUACUGAAGCGAUGCCUGGUACGGAAUCCCAAAGAACGGAUCUCGAUUGCGGAACUGCUCGAUCAUCCAUACUUACAGCUGCAGCCUCAGCACCCACCUGAGCCAGUGGAGCCAUGCAACAAUGACCUAAAGAGAAUUCUGAAUGAGUUGGCUGCUUUACAGUCCCCAAACAGCAUUGCAAGAGCUGCAAGUAACCUAGCAAAAAUGUGCAACAGUGGGAAGAAGCUGGAUGUUUUUGAGUGUGUUAGGAGCUCCAGUCAGUCAUCAUGGAAGUGAAUGUACUGAUGUAGUAACUGCAUGAAUAGUUAAUAAUGACAGUUUUACAACACAACACAAUUACUUGGAUAUUUUGAAAACGUCCAUUAUUUUUCACAUCGGAUACAGGUAAUCUGUUGACCUGAAGAAAAAGAACAAUGAAUUGAGAGACUUAUAUUCAUUGCUUUCGAAAAAACCUUGAACUUUUUCAAACUCUUUCUAUCCUUUAUAGAGUUUGGAUUCUAUUGAAUUCAAACCUUUUUUUUAAUUAAAAAUUGCCACUAUUCCCCUGAUCUGUCUGUAUGUUUAAAGUUCUCACAAAUAAACUUACCUUUAUGGUAUAGUAAACUGUAAGGUAUAUUUCUGUGGUACUAUACAUCAGUAUAUAAUAUGUUUGAAGAGAGUUUUGACAUAAUUUCAGAGGUGAUAUCUUUAAUUUUAUCAUUCAAUAAUUUUACUUUAAGGAAAAAAUAAACAUCGAAGGAAAAAGGGGUAGAAGACUGAAUUGAGAGCACUGGAUGCUUAGAAUAGCCCAGUGAAGAGUGUCUAUAUUUAACAAAGGUAUUCUUUCACAACACAGAAGUAGUUGCUCUGCCUUAAUUUGCUCAAUAGUAUAUUGCCUUCCUCAAAGCUAUUUAACAGAUUAACAGUAGAUGAAGUGAAAUAGUCAGGAACCUAUUAAAUGGUUCUAUCGUAGUCAAAAUUGCUGGAGCCCAGUUUUUUGACAAUGUCUAUUAAAAGCACUAUACAAAUAAAAUGUAACUGAACAAAUAUUUCCUUUUAAAGAACGAUUUUAACACUUUAUUUGGCAUUUUGAUUGUCUGAGAAUGUGGGUCAAAGUUAGAGCUUAUCUGAGUGACCUAUCUUUGGUGACUUGUAGUUUUAUUUAACCCUGGAUUUUCUGUCACAUCACAGUGCAUUAUUUGUUUUUUUGUUGUUGUUUUUUACUGGGUUUCAUUGCUAUAGUAAUUUAAGCUGCAUGGCAGUUCAAAUUCAAAAAAUGUUUAACAUUCAUUUAUUUCUUGAUGUGCCAGAUCUAAAGGCCUCAACAUUGAGUACAAAUGGUAUAAAUGCUCAGUUAGUACAGCAGUGGUAUUUCUAAUAAUUUUCUUAUAAUAGAUACAGAAUUUCUAGAGAAUAUCCUAACUACUAGAGCAGCAUAUACAAAUUUAAUGGACAAUAAAGCAGUCUGAUCUGAUUGGGGGGGGGAUGAGGGCUUGUCACCAAUUUUUGAUGAGCCCCCAUCACGAGCCUGCGUCAGGAAAUUUUGAUUUUUUUUUCCUACCAUCAUUUAGCCAGGUUGCUAUCUGCAUUUCAGUGAACAGUAAUGUGAAAACUUAAGUACACCACAUGGAAAUUGUUGACUUUUUUUGAUAUAUUUGGACAAAGAUUGACUUGAUCCUCUUUGAAACACUGCCUAUUAAUAAAGUUGAUGUACUUGAUGAAAAUGACAAGGAAAAUUUGUGUUUUUAA